ACCGACGACGCCUGCCUGGCCCAACAUCGACAUCCACCAGCUUCUCAACGGUCCUUCCAACCAUGAGGCAUUGGCCGGAGCAGUGGUCUGUUGGGUCGUCCUGGCCCUCUACCGAUCCAUACUCUCGCCGCUCGUGGGACACAUCUCGACCCUCAACCAUACAUUUCAUCUGGCCAUUCUCAUUGGACAAGCCCUUCCAGCUGUGGUUCUCUAUCGUCUCUUUGUCUGCCCGUGCUUCAUCGCCCUCGAGAGUCUGUGCGAGCAUCUCCAGAGUACUGCAGUGCGCACUCGGCUCAAAAGUCCUUCCCUGGUGACCGAUCUGCUCCUCUGGAUCUAUCGCCGACUCGAGACCAACAUUGUGAUGAGAUCCCCUCUGCAUACCCUCCUUCGACCAAGCCCUGCUGCUGCUCGAGCGCUGCUGAAUCAGUCCCAGGGCACAACAUUGGCCCACUUUGGCAUCCGUGGCCUCGAUGUGGGCUCCAAUGCCGACUCCAUCCGCCCCAACCAACUUCAGCCUGCUGGCGAUAGCUCCCGCAAAAGCGUCGCUCCCACGCUGGCUCCCACGCUGGCCCCCACGGAGACUGGCUCGGCUGACGCCCGUUCGCCGGAUCCGCCCGAAUCUCUUUUGGCAGACAGCCACCUGGCUCAGAGCAUCGACUUUAUUCGAUCUUCGUACCAAACCAUCCUAUCGCUCGUGCACAUCCAUCGAAAGGAUCGGACGACCCAGCCACUUCCAUCCCAGAGCGCCAUCCCGAGUGAGCCGCUCACUCCGGCGCCCGACAGCACCGAGAAGCCACUUCCCCAACCUCCGUCGUCGUCGCCGCCAAAGUCAAAGCCCAGAAUGAUUCGCCGAAAGAGGAUCUUUCAUGUAUCGACGAUCGGCAGCGACGACGACGCGGAUGCUGUGUCCUCGGACCCGACAUCUGAUCCCGGAGCAGGCCCGCGAAGAUCGGCUCGGUUGCUGGAAAAACAAUCAAACCCUGACAAGCGCAGGUGGUAGGCGACUCGACCAAUACUUGGCCGACCCCACGACUCUCCUCGCUCUCGAAAACACAGCCAGCGGCGGAUGGCACGGUGGUCAUAUGGCCUUCUAAAUGAGCUGCAGGAGCUGCUUGGAAACCCAGUCGAGGAACUCAGAAUGCUUCAUGAAGCUGGGUCCAGAUUCAGACGCAAAAGCCGAAUAGAACUUUGAACGAACCAUGAAUUGGUUUCUGGAUCAUUGCGAUGGAGCAUGUUGCGAUUCGGAAACCCAAGGUUAUGAGAACGGAUGCGGGUCGGACAGUAAGCACCGCAUGGCGAGUGAGCACAGUAUGUAUCGUAAAUGCUGCGAGCAGUCUCCGGGCAAAUACAC